AUGCGGGAACAGACGAACACGAGCACUGGUAACGCGUUUGGGAGUGGUGGCAGUGGGGAUUUGAGCUUUGGUUCAAUGGAUGGUUCUGGACAGUUUGUGAAUGUGGCGCAGUAUGGGGAUGAUGGUUCUACAAGUUUGCCAAAGCAUUUGGAAUCAGCCAACACAAUGUUUUCUUUUAUUUGGUGGGUCAUUGGAUUCUAUUGGGUAUCAGCAGAUGGUCAAGAUUUGAUCAACGAGUCUCCUAUGCUUUAUUGGUUAUGUAUUGUCUUCUUGGGGUUUGAUGUUUUUUUUUGUCGUUUUCUGUAUUGCGCUGGCAUGCAUCAUUGGUCUUGCUGUUUGCUGCUGCCUUCCGUGUAUUAUUGA